GAUACGAUAACUUAUGUAUUAUAGAAAGAAAAAGAAAGAAGAAAAUUGUUAUAUACAAAUAUGAAAAUAAAUGAACAAAAUGCCUGCGAUAGUUUUUAUAUGUGAAAUGUUUUGAAAUACGCGGCUUACAAGUAAUUGUGAUUGCAGAAAAAGUCUGAAUUGUGAUUGGUCAGUUGAUCACGUGGUAUUCUGCACUUGAUGCAUGAUAGGUUAGUUUUUUCAUCCGUGAAAGUGUGACGCAGCCCAAAUAUGAUUUUCGACUGUACGAUAUAAACAGUGAAACGUGAAGGAGAAAUGUCAAGUACGUAAUUGUGGAUUAGUCUAUCGCAGAACACCGGGAGUGUAGAGUUUUAUAGAUUUUUGUAAGUAAUUGUUGACGCAAUUAUCGGGAGAAUUGAACUAAGCCGGUUUAUAGUUUAUGAGAGUUAUAGACUCGAUUGUUUUUGUGCUUUAUAUUUUUAAUAUAUGAAGCAUUAAAAAUGGAUCGAGAUAAGGUCAUAGGAAACUUGCGAGCAGCAUUAUUAUCUUCAAAAGGAGGGGUACUUAUAGAUGAAGUAAACCGAGAUUUUAAAACGAUUAUUGGUGAAAAUAUACCAUAUCGUAGGCUUGGAUAUCAAUCUUUAGAGGCUUUCUUAAAAUCAAUAUCUGGAAUUAAAAUUACUAAUAAAGGUGGACAAACAUAUGUAGAAGCUUUACCUAAUGAGAAAUCUUCUCAUCUUUCUAAACUAAUAUCACAACAAAAGAGUGCAAAUAAAAAAGAGUUACGAAAAGGUUUCUACCGCAAUUCAACGCCAUGUCGAAUGCCAUAUUCAACAAAGAAAGUUGUUUUCCCUGGGAAAAAUGUUAAUGCAAAUUCCUCUAUGCAAACUAAAAAUUCUAUGAAAAACAACACUAACCAAAAACAAGAAAAGAUCGUACCUCUCAUGCAAGUUCCAACAGGAUAUAUACCGCCAUCUUCUUUAGGAAGACCUAGAUACAUACAACCGGUGUCAGGAUCACCUACUUGUCCUAGCAAAAGACUGAAGGAUAGAAAAUCAAAUACUAUUCAAACAAUAAUGAACCAAAAUGUUAAUAAACCCAAUAAUAAUACAUUUUUUAAAAGCAAUGACAACGCUGAAAAAUCUGCAAUACCUGUGAUAACAUCAAAACCAAACACUGUGCAGAAAUAUUCAGAAGCUUGUAGUAAUGAAAAAUCAUCUUCAAAUAUAAGUGGCAGACUUAAAAUUAAUUCAGAUAUUCCAUCCCAUUCGCUUAUAACUAAUAAUGUCUCAACAUCUCAACAUUCUGAAGUAUUAUCACCACUAUCUCCUGCACAAUUAAUAGGAAAUAAACCAAUUUCAUUUGCUGCUGCACAACCAUUGAAGGUGCAAGAAAAUAAUCAAAAGAAGACAGUUUUGAAAUCGACAGUAUCCAUAGAAGAUCCGAGACAUCAGUUGAAAAUCUGUGCAAGAAAUCUUAGUUUACCUGAACCUAUAUACAGGAUAUUACCAGCAACUGCUAAAACCUCAACAGUAAUGGGUAUAUAUGCUCAUGUUAAGAUUGGACCACAUGGAUAUAGCAAUUAUCCAUAUGAUGUAAGUUCUGAUGAUGAAGCUCAACGAUUAGCAGCUGAAAUAGCAUUAAAAGAUCUUAUUGAUAAAUUUGGUUCAUUACCUAAUAUCACUGAAACUACCAAUAAAGAAUUAAUACAAAAACGUAUAGUGGCAAUUGUAAAUACUCACAUGAAUGGAGUUUUCAAAGAUCAAAUACCUGUAUAUUACAAACAAGGAUAUGGAGAGUGUUUGCCUGCAGAUUGGUUUGACAUCAUAGAAGAGUGUUCUGAAAUUAUAUUAGAAAAAGGUGCUGAUAAUUCAAUUAUUUUACAACGAUGUGAGAUUAAAAAAGAGAAGGCAUGUGAUUCAAUUUCACCAAAAUCAGACAAAAUACUAUUGAAUCCAAUAGGACCAACAAUACCAGGACAAUUGCAAUUACCAGAAGAUCAGUAUUGGAUCGUAUAUGUUUGUUGUGUGAUAAGUACAGUUGAUGUUUGGGUUCGACUUGCUGGUCCUGAUUAUAGUGACAAAUUCGAUAUCAUGAUAGCUGAGAUGAUGGAAUACUAUAGUCGAAGUCAAAUAUCUAUUAAAUCAGUCGAGAUAGGAGGUUAUUAUGCGAUAUUUGAAGAUGAGUGCUGGCAUAGAGUUCGCUGUGAAGAAUUUGAUAGUAAUACUGGAUUGGUUACUGUGUUAUUCAUUGAUCAUGGCGAUGAAGAUCAACGUCCCUUAAGUGAUUUAUAUAUACUGGAUAAAAAAUUUUGCAGCCUAUCUGCACAAGCAAUGCGUAUGUGUUUAGCUGGUUUGGAAGACUUUAGAGAUUGUGAGACUGUUUUGGUUCACAUUGAAAAUUUGUUACUUGGUCAAGCUUUUUAUGUCGAAGUGCUUAAUCAGGGCUUUGAUAAAGACGGUCCAUAUGCUACAGUUGAAUUUUAUGAUACAAGUGGUCCAGAUGAUAUUAAUUUAAAUAAAAUUCUAUAUAAGCAAAUAUUGCAGAAUAUUAUAGCUUUACCACAAAUGAACGUUGCAGGACAAGUAACAGAAGUUUUUGUCUCACACGUAGAAAAGAAUGGUGAUGUUUACAUUCAGAUACAAACAGAAGGGAUGAAAUAUCUAAUUCGUUUGAUAAAUCGUUUGACACAAACCGGACUAACUGCAGAUAUUUUGAAAUACAGUAUAGUUACUGUUGUCGAUAGAAUGAAAAAAUAUUUUGUAUCUGUAGAUGGAAAUUGGUAUAGAGGAGAAGUGAUGAAUAUUUAUCCAAAUGGUCAAGUAAAGGUGUUUUUAAUUGAUUUUGGAAAUACAGUCAUUGCGAGUAAAGCUAAUUUAUUGCAUUUGGAAAAACUUUCUGAUUUAUUGACAAAGUAUCCUGCACAGGCUAUGAAAGUACAUCUUCACAAUAUUGAAAAAUCAAUGUGUAAUGAGAAGAUGGUUUCCCGGAUAAGGAAGCUUGUUCCACAGGGUGAACCGAUUCUAAUGAGGGUGAUCACACAUUCAACUGUUGGUACACCAUUAGUAGAAUUGUUUAAACGUAUUCAACCCGACAAUGUUCUUGCUUCUAUUAAUACUACCUUAGCUUACGAAGAACUUAAAAGAACUAUUGGAGAUGGUAAUAAUAAUGUAAAAUUAAGAAAACGUAUUACAUCUCGAACUAUAACGAAUGAAGACGAUGAUGUUAUAAAAACAUUAAAGCCUCCGAAAAUCACAGGACUUGGUGAAUUUUUUGAUGUACAUAUUACAAUGGCUGCCAAUCCAGGAAAUUUUACUGUUCAACCACUAGAUGAUAAAAGAUCUUUAGAGGCGAUGAUGAUCGAAUUGCAAGAAGUUUGUUUGACUUAUCAUGGAUCAUAUCCAACUGUUGAAUCGAUUAGAGAAGGAAAUCUUUAUGCAGCUAAACAUAUAGAUGAGCAUUGGUAUAGAGUAUCCGCCUUGAAUAUUAUCAGUGAAAAUAUGGUCACCGUAUAUUUCUGUGAUUUUGGUGAUGUGUCUAUUCUAUCGUUAGACAAGUUACAACCUUUAAAAAGUCAAUUUUUAGAAUUACCAUAUCAAGCAAUAAAGGCCAAGCUAGUUGGAAUAAGGCCUAUUAACAUGGAUUGGUCAGUGGAAGAUUGCUUAAGAUUUCAACGAUUGGUAUUAGAAAAAAACUUUGUAUCAAUAGUUGUUGAAUCAACUCACGAUGAUGUAAAUCCCGCUGAAACUAUACUUGGUCUAAAAUUGAUAGAUGUAGAGACAUCAGAAGACAUUUACAUUGAUCAGCUUUUAGUAGAGGAAGGUCGUGCAGUAUAUACAGACUGAAUUGAUAAUAGUAAUUCAGAAUAGUAGUACCAAAAGUUAACGUACAUUUCUAUACUGAAAUAAUAGUAAAAAGAAAAAAAAAACAAAAAAAAAACAAAAAAAAAAUAAAAAAAAGAAAUAGAAGAAAAAAAGUUAAAAAAAAGAAAAGGAAAAGAAAAGAAAAGACAUUUAUUAAAAGAGAUCAUUAUAAUUUUAAUUAAAAAAGUAGAGUGUAUGUCUCUAAGGAAGUAUUUUACAAGGUUGUGUUCACGAAAGAUUUAAUUUUUAUAAUUAUUUUUUUCUUUUUUUUUUCUUUUAUAUAUUUAAAAUAUUAUCUAUUCUCUCAUCUUUAACAUAUUCCAUCAAAUUUCUUGAUAUCUCUUUUACAGAGAAAGAAAGAAAGAAAAAGAGGGGGACAUCGAUAUAUAACUGGUAUAUAUGCUUUAUCUAUAUGUUCCUUGAAUCUAUAAAAAUAGAGACUUUUUUUUAUAUAUUAUUAUGAUAAUAUAUUAUAUCGUAGAUAAAUAAGUUCGACAUAAAUAGCGUUUGAGCGUUCUUAAAUAAUUUUAUGAUUUUCUUAAGAAAUUAGACGAACAUAUACUAUGAAUUUGAAAGAUUUUUUUCAUUCAACUAUAGCUUUCAUAGAAUUUAGAGAGAGA